UAACAUACAGAAACUAUUUCUUGCUGCCAAAACCCAAUACUUUGGACGUCAUCGCAGAAAAGCCACUUUGGAAGAUAUAUUUUUUAACAACUAUGUUAACCAUCGUAUGCUAAUACAAUUUAGUGCCACAAAUCCCUAUAGCAUCGGUUAUGCAGAAGUCUCAAAUGCUCCCAAUAUACCGGCCCUCCCCGACGAUUUAUGGUUGGAUUUCUUAAAUUUUCACUAUUGUUACAAUUUACCAUUGAAUCCCACAAAUACUUGUUUCCUGAACAAGUUUGUGUUUAACAACAGCUACAAUCCGGAAAUGAUUAAACAACUAUUAUGUGAAAUUUUUUAUAGGGAAAAUAAAUUGAGAUAUAUUGUGGUAGCGGAGUGUCCCGACUAUAGGCGGUAUCCGGAAAAGGAUAAUCAAAAUUAUAGUUGCUUGGAAGCAUUUUCCAUGAUCUUUUAUCCAAAGUGUUUUAGUGUGAUAUCGUGUGCCAAUACUCAAAAGAUACAUGUUAUUAUGCGUGAUAGUGUGUUGCCUCAAAUGAGAUAUAGAAAAGCCUUACCUGAAGAUAACGAUGAUAUUGUGGAUGUUAUUGAUCACGAUCGUCCUGACCUAAAAGAACAAUUGGGUGAAUACUAUAUAGCCGAAGAACUUUUAUCUGAUGCUAAAAGUUUGCUGAUUGUUACCGAGAUAAAUAACAUUACCGCCGGCUUUAUAUGGCUCAAUGACAAUAUACGUCUCUUGCCUCUAUUGGAAAACUAUAAUCUUCAAGCCUUUGGAAAUUUAUUGAAAUUUAAUACUCAAGAGAGAUUUAAAGAAAAACUUUUAUAUGUCACUACUGCUAAAAAGCGUCCUUUAGAGAAGCUUUUUACCACGGAAUCUGUUAAUCAAAUUUACAAGGGUGUGGGAGAAAUUACAAAUAUGGAAAAUAUUAGUAAUUUAAGUAUCUGCUCUCAUCGCAUUGAAUCACAUGAGGGUCGUAUUGUUGCCGUAAAUGAGAAAAGAUUUAUGCGUGAGUUGAUUUUAAAACGCUGGGAAGAACUAAAUGAACAAAUAAAAUCAUACGAUUAUUAUGUCCAACUGCGUAGACGCCAGUUUGGCUUUUACUAUAAUAUACCGGAUGGCCAAACCCAUGCAUCCUACGAUUCCCGCUCGAAUGUUUUUGUCAUACAACUAUUUGGGUUGGUGGGUUCUCAUGAUCCUCGUCGAAUUUUUCGAUUUCUAUUAACGGCAUUUGCAGCAUUUCCCAACAAAGACUACUGUUUGCUGUCCAUAAGUGUGGCCAAUCAUAUGACUCUGGCUUUAUUCGAAAUGUUAAAGUAUUUUAUACGUGUUACUCCCCGGCCCGAUUGUCGUAUAGACGAACAACUCUUCAUAACCCAUCGCAGUGCUGUUUAUGGCGAUAUAAGUGUAUUUCCCUUAAGACCACAAGAUGUAGACGAUAUUAAAACUAUACUAAAAGAAGAAUCCAGCAAUUCAUAUACAUUCCCCAAACGUACAGCCAGAUCUCGUAUAUCCACCAUAGCCGAUCGGAUUUCCUUUAAAUCAUAUCUAUCACAACGCAGUGAUUCAUAUGAGGAAUUAACAGCCAAUCAAUAUGACUUGCAACAAGUGUCAGAUAUAUUGAAAAGUAUUUUCAAAGAUCCAUUUAGUGUUUAUAAAUGUUUUACCAUAAGAUGUGGAGAUUCAACAAGAUCGGAGGACGAUAAUAAAUUGGUGGGAUUUGUCAUAGUUAGACCUUUUCAUUUAAGUUAUUAUUUAAGGAAGCAUUAUCAUGUGAAUAAUGGAGAUGAGUUUCAAAAUUUUUUCAAAGCUGAGCUGGUGAUUUUAAAACUGCAUCAUUUCUUUUGUUUUCAAGCUGAUUUAAUAUUUCAUGAGUUGGCCAGACAAACGAAUUACUAUUAUUUUUAUUAUUUUCGAUCAACUGAUCGUAAUUAUCUCUCUAAUGAUCUUGUUGCCAGCAUGCAACCUUUAGAACCUCGCCGCAUACAGAAACUAUGGUUUAAUAUUUUGGGAAAAGACUUUAAGGCAGAGAUUUCCCCAAGUGCCUCUGAUAUUAAUAAGAAAAUGAUCAUGAUCAAUACUGAUUUGCUAAAUGAUCAUUUUGCAGUGUUUACUCAUAAUUUACGACCUUCAAUUAAUUUUGGCAAUUCCACAAAUAUAGUGAUUUUGGGUUUCACUGAUAUCUGCAAGGCCUUCUUGAGAUUAAUGAUUUUCAGUUGGCAUAAUUUGAGCAAAAACUCUCAGGCCACCACUAACUGUCUGCCUCAGUUAAAUAUAACCGUAAUAUGUAGUCCCGGUAUAAUGGAGGCUGAUCAUGAACAUGCAUUCAAAUGUAAAACAUGCAGCAAAGAUCGUGCAGAAACUUGUUGGGUUAAUUUCAAAAACAGUGAUGCAUUCAUCCGAGAUGUUUGCGAACGCAUGGAUGUGCGCACCUGGAUACGAUUUGUAAGCGGAAAAAUCAAAACCAUUAAUACAGAAAAUCAAUUGAUUAAAGUGGAAUCGGAAUGUGAAAUCUAUUACGAAAUUCUCCUCAUAAUGUGCGCCACAGAGUUUGGUGUACCCGAAAGAAUAUUUAAAGAUGCUGCCACGCCUCCUAAUUACUCGCACAUUAAUAAUCGUUUUGAUAAAAUCUUAUUCUAUCAUAAAUUACAAAUAUUAUGUAAUGAUUUGCCCAAAAAUCUCAAGAAAUCCAUUAUAGUUUAUGGCAAUCAUGUGAGAGCAUUUGAAUUUAUAAAUUUUCUCCUGAAGCAUGAUAUCAAGGGCCGAGAAAUUCAUUUGGUUAUGCCCUAUUUAAUGGAUAAUCUACAAAUGGGUUUAAUGUUGAAUAAUUCAGCUCAGGAUACAGGUAUAGAGACAGUUUUAAGGGAAAUGCUAGAAGAUUUGGAGGUGCAGAUUUAUGAAGACAUGAUUUUAAAUGCAUAUUCCUUGCAUGAUGAUGAUGAAAAUUUAAAAGAUAUUAGUUUUAAGAAGUAUCUUGGCAAUGAGAAGUUAACAUUGGAGUGUGAUAUGUUUGUUAGUUUUUAUGAGGUGUUUUUACCAGGACCGCUGUUGGAGAUUUUCAAAAACGCCGACAUAGAUACUGAUCAUAAUUUUGUUUUGGUGAAUGAGAACUAUCAGACAUCUGAGCCCAAUAUUUAUGCCAUGGGAAAUUUCAUUAAACACACAACGGAACCAAAUCAUCAAUACCGUUUUGUUAGCACUGAGGAAGCGGCAGAAAAGAUCAUCAAUAUUUUGGACCUCAUUGAUACUAAAGAGAAUGCCCCUCGACUUGAGAAGAAAUUUUCAAAACCUUCGUACUUUCAAGCUCAACUACCCAUGGAUUAUUUAUUUAUUAAGGUUACUACACCGAAACGUUAUUUAGCCAAUCACUUAGAUAACGAAUAUGGUUUUCCACUGGUCACCUACAAUGAAGGAGAUUUUUCCCGGGUUCGCUUAAAUGAACAUGGCAUGGUGGAAGAAAUUGUUGUGGUAACACAAAAGAAAAUAAAUUUUGAUUUUCUGAAAUUCUUUUGUGGCCGUCAUGAGUUGUUGCUAAACAACCUGAAAUCACGUUGGUAUCUCAAGGAUAUUGUAAAUUUUGUAGAUUUCUUCCAAGAACCUUGGACGGAACUUUUAAUGCAUGAACAGUUUGAGAAUUUAAGACUAAUUAAUAAACUUUUAAUCAUGGAUACAGCUAAAGAGAUCUUAAAAAAGGAUAUCGAUCGCAAUAACAGACGUAAAUUAAUGUAUAGUUACUGUCAAGAUUUAGGCAUUACCAGCCAAGUAGAAUAUGCUUUGCUAGAAUUCUUACGCGACCACCGAGAAGAUUUCUAUACAGACAUAGCCUUGCCCGAAGAUUUUGCCACAAAUUAA